ACUUUCCUAUUUGGGCUUUUCGGCUCCACGUUUAGUUUUCCAGGUGCCAAACGAUAUCAGGACUAACUGCCAUGUUGUGGGGGUAAGUUCAUAGCACCCAAUGACGUCAUUCACCUGCAAACUCGACUUCUUCACAAACGCCAUCUUUGUAUCCAUGCUGCCUCCAAACAAAUCCAAGCCAUGCCUUCCACCGAUACAGAAGACAAAGAAAUAGACGCACGCUCAAGCACAGCGCUCGUCUCAACACAGCGCAACCUGCGUUAUCUGUACGACCCAAAAACCGCCCCAAACGCCGUUUCCUCUCGUCGCACACGUGCAUUCCUCCGCGUUGUGCGCUCAGGCCUCAUCUUUGCAUUCUGGAGGAUCGUCCGAUAUGCCAAGUACGUUGCGAUUGGCUCCUUGGUAGCGACAGUAGGUGCUGGGGCAUUUGGCACUCUGAUUAGUGGAGUGGGAUUUGUGUUGGCGCCCACAGGCAUCGCGGGCACAAUUUUCGCAGCGACAGUGUGGGGAGUUGGCAGGUUCGCGCUAAGGAGGUUGAAGAGGAGGUGGGGGAAGGGGAGGGGGUAUGAGAAUGAGGAGGAAUAUGAGGAGCAGCGGGAGAGGAGAAGUCAGCAGAGUGGAAUAUGGGGCUGA